AUGGGGAUAUCGCCGGGCUGGGGCUGGCUCCUUCUCCCAGUUUGCCAGGCUCUGGUUGUCCCCAGGGAGGUCAGCAGCCGGGCAGGGGAGACGCUCUCCCUCCGCUGCUGGUACCCCCGGGGUUAUGAGGCCUACAACAAGUACUGGUGCCGGGGGGCCAGCCGGGACUCCUGCCGCAAGGUGGUGGAGACAGAGGGCAGGGAAGCACCCCGGCAGCGUGGCCGGGUCUCCAUCCAGGACAACCACAUCUUCUGCGUGGUCCUGCUCACCGUGGAGGAUGUCUCCGAGGCAGAUGCUGGGAGUUACUGGUGCGGGGUUGAGAGGAUGGGCAGGGACCUGAUGGAGCCGGUGACAGUGAGAGUGGUCCCAGCCUGGGCAUUUGGGGGUGGUGCAGUGGGGUCCCAGGCCGUUGUCCCCCCAUUGCGUCCCACCCCGCGGCUGGCUGCGGAGGGGCUGCGGGAGGGCACUGGCACGCAGGGCACUGCAAAAGCAAAGCCCCAGCCUUGUGAGGGAGAGAACCAGCCCCGUUCCUCUCCCCUUGCCUCCAGCCCUGGGGGACCAGCCCUGAGCGCCCUGGUGCCCAGUGCGGUCCUGCUCUCGCUCCUGGCUGCCGCCGGCUCUGCUGGGCUCCUCUGCACCCUGCGCAGGAGGAGGGAAGGUAAUGGCAUCCGUGCAUGCCCCAUCCCAAGCACACCUCGGUGCCCAUACCAGGACCUGGGGGGAGCUCCCCGCUCCCAGCGACACAGAAAACCUCCCCCGGUGUCUCUUCUUUCUGGCACACUGCCCCCUCACACCAAAGCCCCCGCCGCCCCCUGCAAGCUGGGCACUGCUGCGGAGCCAGACCACAGCCCCACCUACGACAAUGAGCUGGACCUGGCAGAGGGUGGCUGCAGUGACAUGGAGCAGGACCCCAAGCUGGAGAACGACGGUAUCUACACAAACACCCUGCGUUAG